UAGUAUUCGGAAAACCAACUUAUCAUACCUAUUUUUAGAUUUAUACAAGGAAACUUUCUUUCCUGCAAAAUUGGACGUGUUAUGUAUCAAUAUUGAUGAUCAAACCGGACAGCUUGUAACAUCUUAGAACUGCACAAACUGUACGUACGGUGACAAAUGUUUAUGAUUGAUAGCUCUGUAAUAUAUGUUGAGCCCUAAAAUUUGGCCAUCGACUUCUCAAAUGGAAGACCAAGGUGCUUUUGGUUUCGACACAUGUAGCCGUGACGAAGCUGGAGAGCAAUAUAAAGAGCAGUCAGGAUGGACGUGCGAAUCAUGUACAUUUUGGAACCAGUGUGAUAGUAGAUAUUGUCAGGCCUGUUAUGGAAUCAGAUUGCCAAAUAAUCAUCAUGAUAGUAUGGAUGCUGAACUUUCUUAUGAUGAUGAAAUUCUCGUUUGGAAAUGUGAUGAAUGUCAACAUACAAAUUAUGUUGCCGACAAGUACUGUGAUAUAUGCAGUGAAUUGCGCCAUAAUGACAUACCAAUCACCACAUUAUCGCAGUUAACACGGCGUUACAAGUCAGCAAAAACAGAUUGCAAGUAUAUCGAGAAAAACUCCCCUCUUGCAAAUAUGGAAGAAGAUGCUGCAAGACGAAUCUUGCUCAUUGGUAAAACUGGGUCCGGUAAAAGUGCAACUGGUAAUAAUAUUCUAAAUAAGAAAACAUUCCAUUCUGCUGUUUCUGGUGUGUCUGUCACCGAGAAAUGCCAGGUAUCACAAGCGAAAAGAUUUGGAAGAAUGAUAACAGUCGUAGAUACUCCAGGACUUUUUGAUACUCGAUUUACUAAUGAAAAUAUCUCAAAUGAAUUAGUAAAAUGUACAGAAAUGAUUUUACCCGGGCCACAUGCUGUUGUACUUGUAACAAGGAUAGGCAGAUUCACUAAGGAAGAACAAGAUACUGUUCAAUAUUUUGUCGAUCAUUUUGGGGAGGGCAUAUUUAGAUAUAUGAUUAUUCUUUUUACAAGAAAAGAUGAUCUUGAGAAAGAUAAUGUCCCCCUUGACCAGUUCAUAGUUGAUUCAACUCCUGAGCUGAAAUCAUUACUGCAUAAAUGUAAUAACCGCUAUAUUGCCUUUGAUAACAGUUCAGACAAUGCAUCGAAAGAAAAACAGUGCGGAGAGUUAAUUCUCUUGAUUAAUGAAAUGCUACAGGAAAAUGAUGGACAUUUCUUUACGAACGAAAUGCUGUUGGUGGCAGAAAGUAAUUUACAAAUAAGGCUAGUGCGAAUAGCUGAGGAAGAAGAGGAAAAGCAAAAUGAGGAAAUAAAUAGAAUAAAACGUAAAGAAAGGAGGAAGAUAAGAAAGGAAUUAGAUAGCAAAAUAAUAGAAACAGAUGAACUUUACUGUUUGAAACUGACAAACGAAUGGGAGACUGAGGAUAAGAAAUUUGAAAGAAGGAAUUUAGAAAGAGAAAAAGAACGUCUUGAGAAUGAAUUGAAAGAAGCUAAAAAAAAAUUGAACAAUUAAAUUUUAUUUGAUAUCAGUUUACUAAAAUAGUGUCAUUUCUUUAAAAAAAAAGCAUGUUGCUUUGUAUUUUUUUUUCGUGGACAGAGGAUACAUUAUACGAGAAAUUUUUUUUGAAAUUGAAUGACUGCAUGUUAUAGAAUGUGAUUUACUACCUACCAUUUUGCUAAGACAGUUUACACAUAUGUCAAGUAGUAUUGACUUUUUGAUGACAACUUUACAAUGGUGUGUCAAUAUGUUCUGCUUACUGUUCUAAAUAUAAUUCAACUAAACAUA